GCCGCUUGGAAAGUCAACUUGAUUUCUUUCAAAAUGCAGUGAAUGUUUAAUGCAUUUUUUUGGUUUCGUAAAAUAGCUUGUCUUCGAAACAAUUUAACACCUUGUAAGCAUUGUUGUAUUUCACAAGAAUCUUAUUGCACCAUAUUUCGUGUGUAUCAAAGGAAAAUUUAUCUGCAACAGGGCUGAUUUCAGAAAUGGAAAGCAAGCGAACGAUUGUCAUUGCUAUAGAUGACAGUAUACAUUCGGAGUUUGCAUUUGACUUUUACGUAGACAAUGUCCAUCGCCAUGGUGAUCACAUCGUUCUUGUGCACGUGCCUGAAUAUAGCAACAUACUGUCUGCUUCUUCUCUAUUGACUGAUCCAAACAUCGUUGCUGAAAUGAUAAAAGAUAUCGAAGAACGGACAAGCGAACUCGUCGACAAAUACUCGUUUAAAAUGCAACAAAAGCAGUUACAUGGCCACGUGAAACAACAGUGUGGAAAGCCCGGUGAGGCGAUUUUAGAGUGUGCCAGGGAAGAGGGCGCCACCAUGUUGAUACUGGGAACUCGUGGAAUGGGAUUAAUGCGGCGGACCUUCAUGGGAAGCGUCAGUGAUUAUUGCCUCCACCACGCCUCAUUUCCCGUCAUUGUCUGCAGACAUAAACCGUUCAUAAAGGACAAAUAAUGCUCAUAUCUAUAUAAGUUUAUAUACUUUCCAAGCUUCAUAUGGCUACUUCUAUAUAACAUAAGUGCCACGGUAAACGAGAUUUAACAUUAAUACUAUAUUUGCUUAAACCAUCAGCUGAACUGGUAUAUCAAGCGAAAAUGUUGAAGAGAAAUCAUACAGUGCGCACUUUGAGAACGGCACGUGGUUUGCAUGCGUGGCAAAGUUCUCUGACCAUUCAAUGGUAGCGUCGGCGGAAAAAUGAGUUUUAUUACAAACUAUCUAGAAUGCAUAGUCUUUCAUGUCAUUAAAGUGAACUACGUUAAGCACAAACUACAAUACCUUGCAAAUGCUCUAUACCGCAAUUUAAUUACUAAUGAAAAAAAGGCAUCCAUGGUAUAAAUACGUAGAAAUUGCACAACAUAAUUUACGGAUGUACCUUGCAAAACUGGAACGGCAGCCCUCCUAUGUUCAUUUAUUUAUCAUUUACUGAGCUCGUUCUUAAUGCCAUUGACAAUCGAAAUAUAGAUUUCCAUUGUGUUCUUUUCACAUUUUUGUAUACAAAAGGGAAAACACAGACAAGCAAUCUGAUUACAUAGCAAACGUCUCUCCUCGUCUGUGGCUUCGAUUUUGAGAAUUGUAAUUAAUUGAUAUGAAACACCCUCGAAAUUGUUUUCUGUGUGGAAUUGUUUCCUUUUUGUAGCGAUUAUAAUGUGCAUCGGGUGCGGAAUGACCUAAUGGGUAAAAGCCGAGCACCUUUAAUAAAUACUUUCCUUAUUGAAGUAUGAUUCAGAGUACCAAUACACUUUGUAACAUUAUAAUUAAAUGUUGAAAUUGGUUAUCCAAACACCUAUUGUAAACAUAAUGUUGAAAUUGUUGUGCUC